CAAUAAUAAGCCCUCCAUGCUUUGUGUGACUGUGACUGGGUCUAGGACUCUUCUUCCUCCUCACACUGGUCCAAAGUCUCACACACCAUUCAUUAUCAUAAACCAUGCACCCUUUGUUUUGGGGGUAAAAUUAUAUAAAAUAAAUUGUUGAUAUUUUACACUAUGGAUUUUUGAAAAAAAAAAUUACAUUUAUAUUACAAUGGCUUCGUCAGUUAACCUCCUCUCUGUUCCACCAUACUGCCCAAAAUGUUGCAGAACUCAAACCCUAGUCCUUUCUCUCUCAAAUUCUCAGUUAUUUUCCUCCAAAUCAUUCUGUUUGCUCCCAAACAUCCAAACCCAGAAGCUCAGAAUCCGGAAAUCUCGCUCCAGGCCCGUUGUUUGCGCUUCCCAAUCCAAUUUCUUGAGAGUGAUUCAAACAGUAUGGAAGAUUGGGAAGGAUGGAAUUGAGGCAGGAACUAACCUGGUGCCUGAAUCUGUUCCAAGACCAAUUGCAAGGAUUUCUGUUACUGUAGUUACAUUGGCAGUGGCCCUCUUUGUAUUCAAGUCAUUCUUGUCUACAGCUUUCUUUGUACUGGCUAUGAUGGGCCUCAUAUAUUUCACAUUCAUUGCCUUGAACAAGGAUGAUGGCCCAAGAGGAGGAGGAGGAGGAGGAGGCGUAGACGGAGGCACCCCCUCUACGGAAGACAGUCUAGAAGAAGCAAGAAGAAUCAUGGAAAAGUACAAGUAACAAAUUUUCUGAUUCCCGGCACAUAUGGGAAAGGAAUGGGGCACGCUUGGGGUAGGUCUAAAUGUCUAAUGCUCUUUUAAGGUUAAAUUUUCCUGAUGCUUUUAUAGAUAUGUUUAUUCCUUUAUACUGGCUCCAUGCAAAGCUGUGGGCAUGCACUGGAAAAAAGGGAAGACAAACUUUGCUUCAAUGGAGUACAUUCAUCUUUUUAUA